UCAUCGCACCGGUUCUGUGAAAAGAGGAAUUACCUGUAGUCCGGGUUCUGCAGUCAGACCACACCGCACCGACUUGAAAGUCCAGUUCCGCGAGAAGAGAAGCCGGGAAGAGCUGGAGAAAUAUGUCACAGGAGACGGACAACAGCAAGCGUCUGGUGGUAGUACUACAGAACGAUUCAAACUUCCAUCCACGGCAUGCCUACACCAGUGAAGAUGAGGCCUGGAAGUCCUAUCUUGAAAACCCAUUGACAGCUGCCACAAAAGCGAUGAUGAGCAUUAAUGGUGAUGAAGAUAGUGCAGCUGCUUUAGGAUUACUUUAUGACUACUACAAGGUACCCAGGGAUAAGAGGCUCAUGCCACUUGGUAAAGUAGCUGAUGCUCAGGAUGAUCAAGAGAAAAGAAAUUGCCUUCCGUCAUCUGAAAAUCAGAACAAUCUAGAUGUGCAAGACAAUCGGGUGCAAGUCCUGAAGUCCCUCCCUGUGAACCUGUCUUUGCACCCAGAGCACUUGGACGUUUCAAAGAGGGAGACUUAUGGUGCCAAUACAGCUGAGAACAUGCCUGUGUCAGUGGCAGGAGUAGCUGUGGUUAGCAUCAAGACGGAGGGUUACCCCACGAGCUACUCGGGGACAAUGACACCCACUGUGCACUACAGCAGAGCUGAGAGUGAUGAACAGAGAGGGGUGAUUUUUGAACAGAACCUCGGCAGCAAUCAAUAUGAAGUGCUCACUGUCACACACGCCAACUACCUCAAGGAUGACCAGCGCAGCACACCUGACAGCAGCUACAGUGAAUCAUUUAAGGAAGGAAUGCCCGAAAAAUACCGUAGCCCUUCAAUAGGAGACGAGGAAUUCAUGUACGAGCAUGCAGGAGGAGAUUCGUUCCACUACACGCUGGAAGCAACAAAAUCCUUACGUCAGAAGCAAGGGGACGGGCCAAUAACAUACCUGAAUAAAGGGCAGUUUUAUGCCAUAACACUCAGGGAGACUGGAGCCAACAAAUGCCUUCGCCAUCCAAUCAGCAAAGUCAGGAGUGUUAUAAUGGUGGUAUUCAGUGAAGAUAAGAAUCGUGAUGAGCAGCUAAAAUACUGGAAGUACUGGCAUUCUCGACAACAUACGGCCAAGCAGAGGGUUCUCGAUAUUGCUGAUUACAAAGAGAGCUUCAACACCAUUGGAAACAUUGAAGAAAUUGCCUACAAUGCCAUCUCUUUCACCUGGGAUGUAAACGAGGAAGCUAAGAUAUUCAUCACCGUCAACUGCCUAAGCACUGAUUUCUCCUCGCAGAAGGGGGUGAAAGGACUUCCCCUCAUGAUCCAGAUCGACACCUACAGCUAUAACAAUCGCAGUAACAAACCCAUCCACCGGGCUUACUGCCAGAUCAAGGUGUUCUGUGACAAGGGAGCUGAAAGAAAAAUCCGGGAUGAAGAACGGAAACAGAACCGAAAGAAAGGAAAAGGUUCAGGAAGCUCAAACCAAGUAAAUCCCUCAUCAGAAUCCAAACUGAACACAACAGCCCAACAGAAGCGAAGUGACGCAACUUUCUUCAAAACCAUGAGCGACCUGGAUUCGCAGCCAGUCCUCUUCAUUCCAGACAUCCACUUUGGGAACCUGCAGAGAAGUGGGCAGAUGUACAGUGUCAGCACAGAUGACAUGGAAAGGGAAGGUGUCCUUGUAAAGAGGAUGCUUCGAUCUCUAGAUGAUGAAUAUCCCCCAACGGCCACCAAACAGAUCAAAGAAGAAGUGCAUAAAAAAGUCCUGCUGUAUGUACGGAAAGAGUCUGAUGAGGUGUUUGAUGCAUUGAUGCUGAAAUCUCCAACAAUGAAAGGGUUGAUGGAUGCAUUAUCUGACAAGUAUGGAUUUCCAGCAGAAAAAAUCGGAAAAAUUUACAAGAAAAGCAAAAAAGGAAUUUUGGUAAACAUGGAUGACAACAUCAUUGAACACUACUCUAAUGAAGAUACAUUCAUUCUCAACAUUGAAAGUCUGGGUGAAAGUUUCAAGAUCACACUGAGUGAAAUUUAACAAAGACUUGGGAGAACCUUUCAACAAAAUGUACUUCAGAGUUGGAUCGCAACUUGGUCAUCUAGCUUUCACAGCCUGACUGUUCAUUAACUAGUGGUGACUGAUGAAAAGAGGUUUGCUCCGAUCAAGUGAACACAUUUCAUGAAGCUGAACUGGCAUGUCUCUUUACUUCAUAAAGUUCAGAUAUUGACAGCUUCAGACACUACUGCAUUAACUGUCCCAAAGACUUCAGAACGAGCAUUGUGACGAUGUUACUUAGAAUAUGAUAUUUUAGCUACUAGACAAUUAAAUAGGUACAGAUGGAUGCAAUCAUGCCCGGUGUCCUUGUUUUCAACUCCAUGCUAAUUGUAGUCAGAUUUGUGUUGUGGUCAUCUGUUCCAAAUACCCGUUUUUCCAUAGUAGAAGCAUUUGUUGAUACCUCAGAAGACAAGCUUGUGAAUGAGAAGGUAAAUGUCAUUCCAGCUGUUCCUUCAAUUGGAAAGCAAUGUGUUUUAUUAGCUUUUAAAGUAAUUGAAAGCUUGUACAUCAUCUGAUUACGUUAUUCAAAUACAUAAGCAAUUAAGAUUGUUAGACCAAAUGUUGCAUUAGGCCAUACAGAAUCACCUGUGUGUCCACCUUGUUUCUUGUCUAUGUAACAAGGGUAUGUACCGAUAAUAUCACCUUGAGUAGAAUCUGACACUAACUGAAAUAGAGAUUAGCAUCUAUAAUUGUAAAAAUGUCUAUAAUGUGCAAUAUUAAAUAUUACAUAAGGCAUAUUUACUGCCAUUAUGCUUUCUUGGGGUUGAGGGUUUCUGUGGUAGUUGCGUAUAUUUUUAUUUUUAAAUGUAAAACAUGUUUCCUUUUGUCCAUAUGUUAUGUUUGAAAGGCACCAUGAGAUUUUACAAAAUGACUAUAAACUGCAAUCCAGGGUAUUUAAAGGACUUGGGAAACUUGAAUGUUUUUACAAAUUGAGCAAUACUGUAUACAAGGUAAUAUUUUUAGAAAUGGGAGUUGGGAUCUUUUCAGACUUUAAAAAGACAGUUGUAUUUUAUUUUUUGUACAAUUUUUUAAGAGGAAAAUAAACAGUGUACAUUGA